CCUACAGAAUAGGGGAUAAGACCAACUUCAAAAAUCUACUGUGUUCCAGAAUCCAAAUAGAUGUUAAUCACUAUUUUGUAUUGAAACAAUGAACCAAAUGCAAAAAAAUGCGCAUUUGGUGUUCGGAAUCUUUGGAAAUGUUACUGCUCUGUUCCUCUUCUUGGCUCCAAUGAUAACGUUCUGGAGGAUUAUAAAGACCAAGUCCACAGAACAGUUUUCCGGCAUUCCAUACGUGAUGACCUUGCUCAACUGCCUUCUUUCUGCUUGGUAUGGCCUACCCUUUGUGUCAAAAAACAAUCUUUUAGUUUCAACAAUCAAUGGCACUGGUGCAGGAAUAGAGGUCAUAUAUGUGUUGAUCUUCAUCGUCUAUGCCCCAAAGAAAGAAAAAACCAAGAUUUUGGGGCUCUUCGCGUUUGUGCUCACCUUUUUCGCAGCCGUGGCCUUGAUCUCCCUCCUAGCCUUGCAUGGCAAUACCAGAAAGCUCUUCUGUGGCUUUGCUACUGCCGUUUUCUCCAUAAUCAUGUAUGGCUCACCUCUGUCAAUCAUGAGGACUGUGAUUACGACAAAGAGUGUUGAAUUCAUGCCAUUUUUUCUGUCGCUGUUUUGUUUUUUGUGCGGCACUUCCUGGUUUAUCUAUGGUCUGCUCGGCAAUGACCCUUUUGUAUAUGUGAACAAUGGGUUCGGUUCUUUUCUUGGGGCCCUGCAGCUGAUUCUGUACUUUAUCUACCGUAAAAACAAGGGCAAGGGCAAGGGCGAAAACGAGAUCAAAAGCACCUCUGCAGUAUCUGUGGAGCUGGGACUUCCUGAUAAACCCAACACAAACGGUGCUCAGAAUAGCCACGUAUAGACUCGUAGCUUCUGCCCUUUUGGAGGCUUGGGACUGUACUCCCAAUCAUUUUCUUUAAUCGUGCUCUGCCUUCAGUAUCAAAAAUUUAGUUCUAUUAGUGCUGAAUAUUUACUUUGUUCCUAAUAAUCUAGUAUUGAGACAAUGCUAUUUUAGAAGGCACAGAUCAUGGUACAAACAAAAUGUAGAAUGUUGACUGAAUCUGGGGAUAUGUCUUUUGAAUAGAUUUCCAUUUUUUUUUUUCUGUUUUUUUUUUUUUUUUUCCUAUAUUGGAUUAAGAUUUUACUAUCUUAUCGUGUUCAUUACUAUCUUAUCGCGUUCAUUAUGUAAAUAUGUAUUUUGCUUUAUCAUAAUAAAAUGGAUCUGUAUUAUCAUA